CGGACCCCCCGCGCCCGCCCUGGGGAGGGGGCGCCCGGGGGGGCCUGCGGAGGCCCAUGGGGGUCCUGGCUACCCCUAGCCCCGAGCUGGCAGCCACGGGCCCGCCCGUCCGUCUUCUGGCUUCGGGGAAGGGGAUGGGGGAGGGGCUCCCGGACCCUUUUUGGGGGGAUGUCGAGCAGCAGCCCCUUAGGGGUUUGGAGUUGGGGGUCUCCCAGUCCCCGGCAGUAUCCUUUCUCUUGGGGGAGGUGUGCCCUGCCCUACUUGGAGAUGUAUCUAAGCUUUCUUAGGCAGAAAGUGGGGGUUCGCUCAGUCUUUUUCACCCUAAUGGGGGACCCUUUGGGUUGGGGGGGUUCUUUUUUGCCCUUCUGGUUUUUUUUUUUUUUUUUUUGGCGGGAGGUGUUUCCUAACUAUUCCCUAAGGGGCAAAAUUGGGGUGGAAUUGCCCAGUCCUUUUAAUGGAAGUCCCAGCCUCCUUUUUUUUGGGAGGGGGAGAUCCUGCCCCAUGUUUUUCUUUAUGGGAAGAGGUCCCUUUGCUUUUCGUAGGUAGGUGACAUCGGGGAGGGUUCCCAGCCUCUUUUGGGAGGGCGAGGUUUGGUUUUCCAGCCUUCGAAGGGAAGGAAAGUUGGUCUCUACCUUCCUCUUGGUGUCCCCCCUUUCGGGGUAAAAUGGGGUGCCAUUCUUUCCGGGGAAGAAAAUUAGGUUUUCUUGUGCACUAGCGGGGGUGAAAGAGAGUGCCUCUUCCCCUUUUAUUAAUGUGCGAAAUGGGCUCCCUACAUGCCUUUCCCUGGCAGGCGAUAAUGGGGCCAGCCCGGCGCGUUUUAGAGCGAGUUUGGGGCCCCGUUUCCCCUGCUCCAGCAAAGGAGUCUCGGGGUGCAGGGUUUGUUCGGCUUUUCCUUGCGAGGCAGGAAGGAAAGGAGUCUGGAGCAGGUUUGGUGAUGGAAGGAGGGUUUCAACCGGCAGGAAGGCGAGUCUUGGGGGGGCGGGGGAGAGAAUACUCUGGACAGAUGGCUGCCCCGUCGCAGCCUGGGCCGGGCAGUAGCUGAAAACCCUCCCCUAGACAGGGGUCCCAACCAAGGCCUCCCAGCCAGGCUCCAGGGCACCUUCUCCCCACUCCCACCUCCCUUUCUCCCUUUCUCCUUCACAGACCAUAUUUUGCCUUUUAAAAGAAAUGCCACCCACAUUCAGAGACACAAGUGCAGCAGUUUGGUGAGCUUUUACAAAAAAAAAAUUUUUUUUUUUUUGUUUUGUUCUGUUUUGUUCUAAUUAAAUGUAUCGUCUUGGGAAUCGCAGCCCAUCGCAGCCUGACUCCAGUUCAAGGAAAUAAACAGAUUAGCAAAGGUCUGUACGCUAAGCCCAUGUUGGCUUCCUGGCCCCCUCUCCAGGGGCAGGUGCAUUACCCAAAGGUGCUUACAUGAUUUAUUCGACCUCUAAGGAGUUCUCUUAUGUCAGAAGUGUAUGUCUUACAAUGGGUUGGGAUGGUAAGUAGUCUCUUUUAUUGAGUAAUUCAAUUAUCUCCCUCUUUUUGUCCCUUUCCUGCCUGCCUUCGUCUUAGCCUUUAGACCAGAGUGAUGCUUGAGAAAGUGAAUUUAUAUGUUGAAAUCAGGAUUCUAACCCUGUUGAGCCCUUUUAGACUUGCACAUCCUUUCAAUGUUUAGUUUUUAAUUUGAUGUACACAGUUUUCUCCCCCCCCAAAAAGUGCAAUACUGUAACAUGACAAAAACCUAUGAAAAAAGCCCCCUUAUGCUUUCAGACCGUUGGCAUCUCUCCGUUUUGAUCCAUUGCUUUGUCUCCAGCCUUCAUCUUUGAAGAAAAGUCCAUUUGCAGGAGACAAGGUUACCAAUUUUGGUUUAUGAUAAACUUGCAUCCGAGUUAAUGUUCUCCCCCUUGCACCACCCCUCCCCCCAAGAAAAGAUUGGUUCAAGUAGAUCCAAUUUCCUCAUUUUUCUCCACUGUCUCUUACGGUGAUGGACGUUUAAAUUGAGCAAGUCAUUUGUAAAGUACUGUUUAAGCACAAAAUCUGUAAACUGUGUCAAGUCUCAGUAUCUUUCCCUGCCUGUCUCCACUGCUCCUUUGUUCGAAAGCACAUGCCUGACCGUGAAAAGUUGAUGUGAAUGUGUUACACGCCCAGUCAAUGGUGGAGAGGACACUUCCUCCAGCCCCCAGUCCACCCCUACACGUAACAAGGAAAAAACAGCAACAGAAAUGACUUGCAGAACCAAACACUGUACUUGUGAUGUGUUUUACAAGCAUAAGUUUCUCCAUUCAAAGCGAAAACAUGUUGAAGUUCCAUUUUCCCUCUUGCCCACUUUUGGUUACCAGCAUACUUGUUGAACUUUUUACCACACAGCCCUGUUCCCCAUCCAAAAGUAAGAUUCUGUUUCCUUUCCAUUCUUAAAAGAAACAAAGUUCAUUCUCACAUAGAUCAGGAAACAUCUAAACUGCAGUUGACGCCCUUGUUUUGUUCUUCCUUUUAAUAUGUUCACAACUUAACUGCCAGGCAACAGUGGUCUUAAGUUUGGAACAUCAGUGAUGGGGGCAAGACGUGUCCACCCAGCACAGUAUUCUGCAAAAAGUGUCUGAAGCACAAACAACACAUGAACCAGUGUGCAGGGGCAGCGGAAAGCAUUUAUUUGAAGUUUCCCUUCCUUUGUGAAAUUCCCUCUCCAGGAGCCAAGAGCUGAAACUGGAUGCUAACAGGUCAACCUUCCAAGUGUCAAAAGCUACGAAGUUAUAGAAGGAUGCUUAAAAUUUACUUUUCCAGUGAAAUGUGAAGGAAAUGAGAUUUCUUUCGGAAGAUGGUGAGUUGGAAGAAGGCGAACUUGAGGAUGAUGGGGCCGAGGAGACCCAGGACACCUCUGGAGGGCCAGAGAGGAGCCGGAAAGAGAAAGGGGAGAAGCACCACAGCGAUUCAGACGAGGAAAAGGCCCACCGGCGGCUGAAGCGGAAGCGGAAGAAAGAGCGGGAGAAGGAGAAGAGGCGGUCAAAGAAGAGGAGGAAAUCCAAGCACAAACGCCACGCCUCCUCCAGCGAUGACUUCUCUGACUUCUCAGAUGACUCGGACUUCAGCCCCAGUGAAAAGGGGCACCGGAAAUACAGGGAGUACAGCCCCCCAUACGCACCGUCCCACCAGCAGUAUCCCUCAUCGCACCCCACAUCGCUGCCCAAGAAAUCCUACUCCAAGAUGGACAGCAAGGGCUACGGCAUGUACGAGGACUAUGAGAACGAGCAGUAUGGGGAGUACGAAGGGGACGAGGAGGAGGACCUGGGCAAGGAGGACUAUGACGACUUCACCAAAGAGCUGAACCAGUACCGGCGCGCCAAGGAGGGCAGCGGCCGGGGCCGAGGCAGCCGAGGCCGUGGCAGGGGCUACAGGGGCCGAGGAAGCCGUGGAGGGUCUCGAGGCCGAGGCAUGGGCCGGGGUGGCCGAGGCAGGGGCCGAGGCUCCUUGGGAGGAGACCACCCAGAAGAUGAGGAGGACUUCUAUGAGGAGGAGAUGGAAUAUGGAGAAAGUGAGGAGCCGAUGGGUGACGAUGAUUACGAUGACUAUUCCAAGGAGCUGAACCAGUACCGUCGGUCCAAGGAUGGCCGAGGACGAGGUUUAAGUCGAGGCCGAGGCCGGGGUUCCCGAUGCCGAGGGAAAGGAAUGGGUCGGGGCCGUGGUCGUGGAGGGAGCCGCGGAGGAAUGAACAAGGGCGGAAUGAACGAUGAUGAGGACUUCUACGAUGAUGACAUGGGCGAUGGCGGUGGGAGCUACAGAAGGAGCGACCAUGACAAGCCCCACCAGCAGUCAGACAAGAAAGGCAAAGUCAUCUGCAAGUACUUCGUGGAAGGGCGGUGCACAUGGGGCGACCACUGCAAUUUUAGCCACGAUAUUGAACUACCAAAGAAGCGAGAACUGUGCAAGUUUUACAUCACUGGGUUCUGCGCCCGAGCUGAAAACUGCCCCUACAUGCAUGGUGAUUUCCCAUGUAAGUUGUACCACACGACUGGGAACUGCAUCAACGGCGACGACUGCAUGUUCUCCCACGACCCGCUGACUGAGGAGACCAGGGAGCUCUUGGAUAAGAUGCUGGCUGACGACGCGGAAGCAGGUGCCGAGGACGAGAAGGAAGUUGAGGAACUGAAGAAGCAGGGCAUCAACCCCCUGCCCAAACCACCGCCCGGUGUGGGCCUCCUACCUACCCCCCCUCGCCCGCCUGGCCCCCCAGCCCCGACCUCUCCCAAUGGCAGGCCCAUGCAGGGUGGCCCCCCACCCCCUCCCCCACCUCCACCCCCGCCGCCCGGGCCCCCGCAGAUGCCCAUGUCUGUGCAUGAGCCUCUGUCCCCUCAGCAGCUGCAGCAGCAGCAAGACAUGUACAACAAAAAGAUUCCCUCCUUGUUUGAGAUUGUGGUCCGGCCCACAGGGCAGCUGGCCGAGAAGUUGGGUGUGAGGUUCCCUGGACCCGGCGGACCCCCAGGGCCCAUGGGCCCUGGGCCCAACAUGGGACCCCCAGGGCCAAUGGGGGGACCAAUGCACCCAGACAUGCACCCCGACAUGCAUCCGGACAUGCACCCAGACAUGCACCCAGACAUGCACCCCGACAUGCCGAUGGGCCCUGGCAUGAACCCUGGCCCACCCAUGGGGCCCGGCGGCCCCCCCAUGAUGCCCUACGGCCCUGGAGACUCCCCGCAUUCUGGAAUGAUGCCCCCCAUCCCGCCAGCCCAGAACUUCUAUGAAAACUUCUACCAGCAGCAGGAAGGCAUGGAGAUGGAGCCGGGGCUCAUUGGAGAUGCAGAGGACUACGGGCCCUGCGAAGAGCUGGCGGGGGGACCUGGGGAGCACCUCUUCCCCGAGCUCCCUCUGGAGCCUGACAGCUUCUCUGAGGGCGGGCCUCCAGGCCGGCCGAAGCCGGGCGCCGGUGUCCCCGACUUCCUGCCCUCGGCCCAGCGGGCCCUGUACCUGCGGAUCCAGCAGAAGCAGCAGGAGGAGGAGGAGAGAGCGAGGAGGCUGGCCGAGAGCAGCAAGCAGGACCGGGAGAAUGAGGAAGGCGACACUGGAAACUGGUACUCGAGUGAUGAGGACGAGGGCGGGAGCAGCGUGAAGUCCAUUCUCAAGAGCCUGCGGCAGCAAACAUCCAACCGACCCCAGGUCUCAGUCGGGGAGCUGAGCGGCAGUGGGCUAGGGGACCCCCGCCUCCAGAAGGGACAUGCCACAGGUGGCCGGCUGGCAGACCCCCGCCUCAGCCGAGACCCCAGACUCAUCCGCCACGCCGAGACCUCCAGUGGUCCAGGGCCCGGGGAUGCAGGGCCCUCCGACCCCCGGCUAGCCCGCUCACUGCCUGCCCCCAAGCCUGACAGCGGCCUCCACACCAGCCCCUCAGGCCCUGGCAGCGCCAAGGGGACCGGGCUGCCCCCCGCUGAGGAGGAAGAAGGAGAGCGGGCCCUGCGGGAAAAGGCAGUGAACAUACCCCUGGACCCGCUGCCUGGACACCCGCUGCGGGACCCGCGCUCGCAACUACAGCAGUUCAGCCACAUCAAGAAGGACGUCACCCUGAGCCGGCCGAGCUUUGCCCGCACUGUGCUCUGGAACCCUGAGGACCUGAUCCCCCUGCCCGUCCCCAAGCAGGACGCGGUGCCGCCCGUGCCUGCAGCCUUGCAGUCCAUGCCUGCCCUGGACCCCCGGCUGCACCGCCCCUCCGCCGCGGCACCCCCCAACCCCCGGCAGCGCCCAGGUGCCCCUACGGAGCCUGGCACGUCAGGCUCCAGCCUGCCCGACUUUGAGCUGCUCUCUCGCAUCCUCAAGACUGUCAGUGCCACUGGCCCCACCACGGCCCCCAGCCCAAGCGACAAGCCCAGUGACCCCCGGGUGCGCAAGGCCCCCACUGACCCCCGGCUCCAGAAGCCGUCUGACCCUGCAGCCGCCUCCCGGGCAGCCAAGCCUGGCCCUGCUGAGGUGCCUGCACCGGCUGGCAGCCCCACUGGCGAGUCUUCACCCCCAGCCAUUGCUCCGUAUGACCCACGCGUGCUGGCAGCUGGCGGGCUGGGCCAGGGCAGUGGCAGUGGGCAGAGCAGUGUGCUGAGCGGUAUCAGUCUCUAUGAUCCAAGGACUCCACACGCAGGGGGCAAGGCUGUUGCAGACCCAGCAGCUGAUGGGGGUGCCCAGCCCAAGGGCCCCGAGGGCAAUGGCAAGGGUACCUCCACUGCUAAGGCCAAGGAGCCUCCCUUUGUCCGCAAGUCUGCCCUGGAACAGCCCGAAGUGGCGAAGGCCAGCACGGACGGGGGCACAGCCACAGACAGAUACAACAGCUACAACCGGCCCCGGCCCAAGGCUGCUGCGACCCCCACCACCACCAUAGCACCGACCCCGCCGCCGGAGGGCGCCCCGCCCCAGCCUGGGGUUCACAACCUGCCCGUGCCAACCCUCUUCGGGACCGUGAAGCAGGCACCCAAGCCAGGCUCUGGAAGCCCGUUUGCCGGCAAUAGCCCGGCCCGUGAGGGCGAUCAGGACACAGGGUCCCUCAAGGAUGUUUUUAAAGGUUUUGACCCCACCGCCUCUCCUUUCUGCCAGUAGUGUUAGCCCAAGUGCACGCUCCCUCCAGGUCAUAAUGCAGUGCAGCAGGCAGAGUCGAGGACUUGGUGAGGAGCCAGGGGGCCUGGGUGUCAUUUCUUUUUUUUUCCUUUACCUUCUUUUUUAAGUAGUACUUUCUUUGAAACAUGAAUUGUAUAUAACCACCUUUAGUUCUGGUCAGUGCUGCGGGCUUCUGGGCUCCUGCCGAGAACACGUCCCUGCACACGUGAACUGUGGCCUCGGGUCCUCUGGUCCCCGGCCCCGCUCCUGUUGCUGGGGGUCCACUGGGGUUUCUCGGCAAAGCUUGGUCCCUCCUCCCUGUUCUGCUUGCCGAAAAUUCCUGCCUACCCUAACUCUCAGGACAGAGGGAGCAGUGGGCAAUCAAGAAGGCACCGGAAGGCCAUUCGUCCUGUGUGAUACCAGUGAAGAGAGCUGGAACUGAGACAGUGGAGCAGGACCCAGGCCUUUCUAGAAUGCAAGCGUACACUGCCCCCCCAUAACGUGUGGGUGGUGGUGAACCACCCCAGGAGAUGGCGAAAGUCAAAAACCAUCCAAAAGAGAAAGAAAAGCCCUCGACAGUUCCCUGUGGCUGGGAGGCCGAAGUCCUCUGCCUCUGGUGUCUCUCACCUGGAUUCGUCUGCGGGGCCCUCCCAGCCACCUCCGUCCAGGGUUCAUCUUUAAAAGCUGACACCCCACCUUGGGUCCGGAGGCCCCAGGGUGAGCGGUGGACACGGAGACGCAGGGGCCAGUGUCAGGGAGCCUCCCCAGAAGAGCUGCCUUGUGGGGCAGCCUAGGGGAUCCCUGCCCUGUGUGUCAGUAUUACCUGUCCCGUUGCGGCCACGCCCCUCUUAGCACCAAGUGUGUCUGCACUGUCUGCCCCAGACCCCUCCCCACCCUCUGGAGACAGCUCACGGAUCCGUGUCGUGGCCGCUACCCCCCUUGACCCGGGGAGGCCUGGUGAGUCUUCAAGUAUUUCUGCCCCGCCCCCCUUUUUGCACCUUGUUGGUAGGGCACGUGGCGUUGGUGUGUGUGGCUCUCUUGUCCUAAGCCAUGUUCAGAGACUUGAAACCGUGUUGGAUGUGUGGCUGCUUCCAUGGACGGGGCCUGAGAAGAAGACUUCAGGCUGCAGCCAGGGUGGCAGGGGCUCUGCUGGGCUCUCUCCAGGAGAAGACCAGAGCCCGGCCUCUACCCCCUAGUGGGGUUGCACCAGUUGCGGCUGGGACUGGAGUGGAGAUGGCUGCCCGGGCGCCUCUCCCAGGUCCCCGCUGAGGGCAGGCCUGGCCUUUGGUGGGGCUGGUAGAAGGCCUGCACCCCCUGCCCCAAGGUGGUGAGGUGUUUGCUCAUCUGCCUCCUGCCUUUCUCUCCUCAUCUGCUGCCCCACCCAAGGCCCCAUCUCUGCUCCUUGCUGACGGGGGAAGCCUGGUCCCCCAGCCAGAGAAUCCCCUCCCUCCCCCUCGGUGGACUCGAGCAAGGUGCCUGUAGCAGCCCCCCAAAUACUCUUGGGGUUUGGGCCCAGAAGCAACGGUGGGAGGCGGUGCCUGUGGGCAGAGAGGGCCCAGGUCACCACGCCAUGAUCAGGUUGGUUUGGUUUGUCUUUUUGUCUUUUUUUUGUUAUUGUUUUUGUUUUUUUAAGCAAUCAUUAGUGAAAUUUUUCCUUCAGCCACCAGUGUUGGCCUUGAAAGAGAAGGCUGCCGCCCUUGGUGUUCGUAAGACAAGUAAGAACCAAGUGUGGUGGUGUUCCGUUGGAUUUUUUUUCCCCCCACCCCCUUCUCAUCUUUGAGGUUUUUCUUUUGUAAAAGAAAAAUACUUUUUUAAAAACCGAAAUCUGUGGAUGAAUUAGAAGCUGGAAUCCUCUCCCAGCAUAUUUAGCCUGAGAACCUCAUGGGACUAUGAAUUCACCCAUAAUCCCCAUUUGCCAUCAAGCCGGAGCUUUUAAAGAAAAAUUGUUCUCUAACCAGGAUUGUAACAAAAGUGUAAAUACAAUUUCAGAGUUGAGAGUUGAUGGUGCAAAUAUGUAUAUAACGUACUGUAUUUUUACAAUGAUCGCCGCAUGACUCUAUUCUACCCUUUUUUGUACUCCAUAUCUGUCUUCCAGCGCGUCACCCGCCCUUUCUCCUGUGGUCUCUUAAUCCGGUAAUUGUAUUACUGCCAUUAAAGGAUGCAGUUAUUUUAAAAAGCCUGCCGGCCUGGUCUCUCUGCACC